UGCCUUUCCCCAGUUGGGAACCUCAGGCAUGACCACCAUUUUCUCUAGCCCGCCCACUCACAAGGCAACCUCUUAAGCUAACCGGUGACUAGCACAUUCCUUGACACCUUCUGCCUAGUGGUAGUAUAUAUUACGCGGGUUUCCCGCGCUUUCUAUACCUCGCUUUCGUUCUACUUGUAUUUCUACUUAUAUUUCACGACUCGUCAAUUUUAUCUCUCGGGGUGGUUGGCUGGUUUCACUUUUCACCGGAUAAUUUUACCUGAGCCGGCUUGAGCCCGGCGACCUUCGUAAAGGUUACAAUAAGGCUCUUAAAUAAGGCUCUUUAUUACAGUUCGUCCGAGUUAUCAAUUAAAAUUUUAGUAAUGGUCACGCUGCGGAAUCCGCUCUCUUGCUUCUAACCCCCUUUUCCGGAUCCCGUGGGCCGUCACCAAAUUAACUACCAUGUCUUUUUUACCUACUGGCACAUCUAUGCGUGGACAGUCGGAGCCGUCUUUGCCGCCGAGUCCCAGCCGCCUUCCCCCGUCGUUGGAAGACGAUACCAACUCAACAGACGAUGACGAGCUCGACGCUCAGUGGUCUAAUGAGAAUCCUAUGAUGUAUUUCUUUACACCACCAACUCCAAAAGAAGAAGACCUCGAAUUUGAUUUCGAGUUUGACGCCGGGAUUGAGGACCCAACUAAACCUCGAGAGUUCAUCCGUACCGUCUCCCCUUCUACUCUCGAUGGGCUAAGGAAGUACAAGCCUAGAGACAAGAUAAAAACAGACUGCGCUGUCUUGGAUGACAAUGAAGACGACGAUGAUGACAACGAAGAUGAUGAUGAUGACGACGAGGAUUAUAUCCGCUUCAAUCAUCAUGGUCAUACGUCUCUACCAUUUGGAUUCGAAAGAUUCUUCGACCAGACAAGGUCUUCUUCUACCGUAACAUCUCAGGCCACAGAGUCACUAUCACCCACUGCAUUUCACAUCGGUUCACCCAAACGUACUGUAAAACGCUUCACACCCCUACGGCGUUCUCCGAGAGGAAGGUGGCCUCGCCAAUCGCUCCAACGACGACAUUCAUGGCGUGAGCCAAGUCCCGAUGUUUAUUCUAUAGAAGAGGAACCAGAGAAGGAAACGAUGAGCGAGAUGGGUUUGAGCGUCGAAGACCUGAGUGACGAUCAGGAGAAGACGCGACCAAUAGAUAUACCGGCUGCAAAGCCACGGAAGAAGGUUCGGUUCUUGUUACCGGUUACGGAUUAAUUGCAUAUAGUGUUUACACUUGGAUAUAGCAUACCUUGCAUAGGGCGGCGUUUGGUGAAUUUUCCCCUUUG